CCACCCUGAAGGAAGCUCCCGGAGCCCUCGAGGUGGACACUGGGGUGGCACCGCCCCCGCGAGCGGGACGCCCGCCCCUCCCCCCUCCCGGGUGGGUUAGACACGUGGCCCCCAGGCCGGGGAGGUGCCAGGGUCAGGGCAUGGGCCGGCCCCGGGAGGUGCCUGCUCCCGGGACCACCGCCCGUUCUUGCAGCGGCUCGUGUGGCGUGACCUCUGGCCACCUCGCGCAGUCCAGCCGGCCAGCCGUGAGCUCGAGGGCUGCCCCGCGGCUGCGGACGCUCCAGCGACACCUGGGCUCCCCGGAGGGCAGAGGCAUGGAGCCUGUCAGCAGCCCACUGACCACACAUGUGCUGGACACCGCCUCAGGGCUCCCAGCCCAGGGCCUCUGCCUCCGUCUGUCCAGGCUGGAGGACCAUGGCCAGCAGUGGACCGAGCUCAGGAAAAGCUACACCGACCCUGACGGCCGCUGCCCUGGGCUCCUGCCACCAGGCCAGAUGAAGGCAGGCACCUACAAGCUGUCCUUCGACACCGAGGGUUACUGGAAGAAGAGGGGGCAGGAGAGCUUCUAUCCAUACGUGGAGGUCGUUUUCACCAUCACAGACGAGACCCACAAGUUCCACGUACCCCUGCUGCUGAGCCCGUGGUCCUACACCACGUACCGAGGGAGCUAGUGGCCAAGCCACUGUCGCUCUGGCUGACUGCCAGCUGCCCUACGAGCACCAAUCCCAUCACCACAGCCACCAAGCCACCCCCAGCCCUCAGCAGACUGGGCUCCAUGUUCCUCUGGGGGCGUCUGGCCCCCAGUCUCCCAGUGGCAGCUGUGACUCAGACAUCAAUAAAGUCGGUGCUGGCA